AUGUUUCUACGCCGCUGCACCUUUCUGCUGCUGAUCUGCCUAAUUGCGAGUGACGCCGCCAGCGCCGCACGCAAAACAAAACGUCCUGUCAAGCCGGUCAAGCAGACCAAUCCGCGCACCAAUGUGACGCCUUCGCCGCCGGCAGUCGCCUCAUCUGGCAGCUCCACACCCGCCAGCACCAGCAGCACCAGCACCACGGAAGGAAGCGGCGACCAGGAGGCAGUCACGGUGGGAUCAGCAUCUGCAUCUGCAGCUUCAGCUGGCAGUGGAGAGCUGCCCAAGCCCCUGGCCACGCCCAUCGAGGCUCAGCCGGAGGCAAAGACGGACAAGGCACCAGCCGGAGCUCAGGAGGAGGAGUGCGAUCCAGAUAUGAUUGGCUUCGAGAUCAUAACCGGCUACGUGCUCUCGGCCCCAUCCAAAAUGCUGGACACUUUGCCCGGGACUCUGAUGCUCACCGACUGCCUGGAGGCCUGCCAAAAUAACGAGUCCUGCAGCGCUGUCAACUACGAAACCGGAUUGUGUGUGCUGUUCAAGACGACCGCCGAUAAAUUGCCAGGUUCACUUUCGCGCUCGCAGUUUCCGGUUUUCACCAUCUACGCACAGAAAUCGUGUUUGGGCGUGCGUCCUUGCUCGAAGGCCUGGUGCAUCGAUCGCGUUCAAGGUUACCGCCUCCCGGAGCACGUCAAAUCUAGUCAGACGGUUCUGUCGCGACGCGACUGUUUGGAACUCUGCUUGGGAGAGACCGAAUUCACAUGCCGAUCGGCCAACUACUACCGCCACUCGGGUCUUUGUGAGCUGUCCGACAUGGACCGCAUCACCCUCUCCGCCGGAGGAAGUGUGGAGCCCUACGACGGAGCCGACUAUCUGGAGAACAACUGCGCCGAGGAGCCCAGCAAACUGUGCGAAUUCAAACGGAUUUCGGGAAAGAUCCUGAAGACGGUGGAUUCGGUUUACCAGGACAUCAAUACCAUCGAUGAGUGCCGCGAUCUCUGCUUGAACUCUCCGUACAGAUGCCACUCAUAUGACUACAACGAUACUGGAGACAUGGUCUGCCGUCUGUCGCAUCACAGUCGCGCCACCUUGACCGAUGUGAUGGAUCCCUACUUGGAUGUUCCAGAGGCGGCCACCUAUGAACUCUCCGCCUGCUACAACGUGUCUAUCGAGUGCCGCUCCGGGGAGAUGAUUACCAAGAUUAGGACCUCCAAGCUUUUCGACGGCAAGGUUUAUGCCAAGGGAGCUCCCAAAUCCUGCGCUGUGAAUGUAAACAACUCGUUGGAGUUCGACUUCCGUAUGGGCUACAACGAUCUGGAGUGCAACGUGCGACAGAGUGCUUAUGGCCGGUACAUGAACGACAUUGUGAUCCAGCACCACGACAUGAUUGUCACCUCAUCCGAUCUUGGUCUGGCUGUUUCCUGCCAAUACGACUUGACCAACAAGACUGUGCUGAACGAUGUGGACCUGGGAGUAACUGGAGAGAUCGAGUCCUCGCUGAGCGAAGAGAUCACCAUUGACUCGCCCAAUGUGAUCAUGAAGAUCACCUCGCGGGAUGGCAGCGACAUGAAGAGGAUCGCCGAGGUCGGGGAUCCGCUGGCCCUGCGUUUCGAGAUCGUGGAGCCCAACAGCCCGUACGAGAUCUUCGUGAGGGAACUGGUGGCCAUGGACGGUUCCGACAGCGCCGAGAUAACGCUGAUCGAUGCUAAUGGCUGCCCCACCGACCAAUACAUCAUGGGCACCAUCCAGAAGCUGGCGCACAAUCGCAAGGUGCUGCUCUCGCAGUUCGACGCCUUCAAGUUUCCUUCCAGCGAAGUGGUCCAGUUUCGUGCCUUGGUAACGCCCUGCAUUCCGCGCUGUGAGCCCGUGAUUUGCGACAGCGAGGAUGGCGCCAGUGGAGAGCUCAAGUCUCUGGUUUCCUAUGGACGCAAGAAGCGGUCUGUGCUGAAUGGAACCGAUGGUGCCGAGUUCUUGCUCAGCACACGCCACCGACGUGAUGUGGGCCCUGUGGAUGAUAACAUACUGCUCAUGCAGUCCAUACAAAUCACAGACAAGUUCGGCUUCCAGCCAGAGGAUGGCACCACUACCCAUGGAAAUGACAGCGGUCCACACGAGAAGGCCUAUGCGGGCGUGGCCCAGGACAAGCUCACUUGCCUUAAUGGCUAUGGACUGAUCAUGGCCGGAGCCCUCUUCCUGCUGGCCCAGUUGAGCAUCUUCGGGAUCUGGAAGACCGUGCAGCGUCGCACCAGCAAGGAGCGCUACCUGUACCAGCACGAGCCCACGCCCACCAUCACCUACGGAGCGCCCACCAUGCUGUACGGACCACCCCCCAACUCCUCCGCCGGAUCCUCGGCCUCGGGAGCGUCCUACGGGGGCAGCGCCAAGGACACGCUUAGCAAACUCUACGACAGCGGCAUCAACGGGCGCUACGGACAGCAGUUCUAGGGAAGAUCUGGGUGGCUCUCGCUGUUUGCCGGGAACACUUAGCUGGGAACAAACGCAAUAUGCCUCGAAAGCUUCAAAAGAUUCGAUGAGACUUGAAUAGAAAAUAUUCGCCUAGCAGCGACACAUGAAAAUCAUUGGAAACCCUAGAUUAAUCCACAAUAGGUUAGGCCUACGAUUAGUUUACACCUAGAGUUUUGACUCCUUUUUUUUAAACGAUACAAAUACGCAUAUCUCUCAAGAAUGCGCGCUUUCAAAUGCCUUGGAUAUCGAAGUUCCAGCAUUUUAAAUCGGCGCAUUGCCAAGAAAAGAAAAGAACGGAAAAAUGAAACCGCUAAAUUCGAAUUAGUUUAGAGCUACUUACAAUCUCUCUAGCGAAAGUUAGGCUAAUUAUAUGUUUAGUGAGAAAUCUGCUUCAUGUCCUCGAGCGAAUUGCAUUUAUA